ACAGACAGCUGCAAGCAUGAACCAUCUCCCCCAAGCUUGGGGUCGGCCCCGGGACGACUAUUACGGCGCGUAUGAUGCCUCGUACUUCCAAAGCAACGGACCCAAUCAGCAUACCCAGCAGCCCAUCGUUACUGGUACCUCGGUGGUGGCUCUCAAGUUCAAGGAUGGCGUUGUGAUCGCAGCAGACAACCUAGCAUCGUACGGAUCUCUUGCUCGAUUCACCGAUGUCAAGCGGCUUCGCACCUUCGCUGAUACCUCUGUUGUUGGUUUUGGCGGCGACGUCUCAGAUAUGCAGUACCUAGACCGACUCCUCAAUUCUCUCGAUACCGAAGAAGCUUAUACCUCAUCUGGCCACACUCUCAAUGCACGCAAUCUUCAUAUCUAUCUCUCCAAAGUACUUUACAAGCGCCGAUCCGAUUUUAACCCACUCUGGAAUCAAGUACUAGUUGCAGGACUAGACGAGGAAAAGAAACCUUUCCUGGCAAGCGCCGAUUUACUGGGCACGACAUUCAGUGCACCAAGCUUGGCUACUGGGUUUGGUGCCCAUUUGGCUCAGCCUCUAUUAAGGAAGGUGGCUCCUGACGAGGAGGCUGCAGCCACAUUAUCCAAAGAGCAGGCUCUGGAAGCGGUGAAGGAGAGUAUGAAGGUCUUGUUCUACAGAGAUGCAAGAAGUAUGGACAAAUAUUCCAUUGCUGUGGUGACGAAGGAGGGUAUUGAUCUGAAGGAGAAUGAGAAACUGGAAAAUCAGAGCUGGGCUUUCGCGGAUCAAAUUCGAGGAUAUGGAACACAAGUCAACUGA